UCUUCGGUUCAUUGAUUGGCUGUUGAAAUAUUUGCCGAGGUUGGGAGAACAGUAUAUAAGCUCUGCAAAUACCUGUUGUUAAUCACACUGCUCGCUCGGAAGGAGCUGAUUACAUCGGACAUCACGCUGCCAGAAGACGAGAUGUUUACACACAGACGGGCAAACCUGGAGACGGGGCUCCUCUCCUCUGUGGCAGUGCUCAUGGUUCUCCUGGCCACGACGGGACAAUCGGCAAUUCUACCCAGCAACCUCCAGACCACAGCAACUCCUCCUGCCCUGUCAAAUUCAUCUCUCACCACGCAGAUCAACAACGGCAGCGCCGAGGGACCCCGGGUUCUGCGUUCACACAGAUCAUGUGGCGGUGGAUAUGAACAUUUCUGCGAGAACGGCGGCGAGUGCAUCUACCCCCAAGACACUGACAAACCUUCCUGCAUCUGCACGUCGUCGUACGAGGGGCCUCGCUGCCUCAUCUUCAGCGACUCCACUCGCACUCUGCCGGAGCUGGAGCAGCUGAUCGGCAUCAUCUUUGGGGUAGCCGUGCUCCUCUUGGUCCUGGCCAUCGUCAUUUACUGCUUCGCCUACCGGAGGUGUGUUAAAUCAGCAUCUCUGAUAAAAUCUCCACCAUCCGAGACGUCAGAGUGACACUCCCUACAGCUCACCGUUGCUCCUCAUCUCCACCAUCAUCGCCACCAUUCUCAAUGCUAACACUCAUAGCAAUUAUGAGACCGAUAAAGCUUUUUGUACAAGGUCAAACUAAACAAUGUCAGAUGUGUUUGGGCCUUUUUAUUUAAAUUUUUUAAAACAGGGUCAGAUAUCAAUCAUGUCAAUGUCCUUUAAAGCCCGAGGGCGAGAAAAUGUGCCUAUUUAUUGUAAUUUAGAAUUUAACUUAUUGAAAGUGUUGUUAAUUUAAACGUCUGUAAUACUUUUAUGGAAAUGGAUAUUUAUAUGUUGCCUGAAUUUCUGUGGGUCAAAGCUCAAUAAACACAAACAUAGCUUAUUGGUAACUUA